UUCGCGAAAUCCACGACGCGACGUUUCGACAAAAGCCCGCUCAAAAAAGGGUCAACUCAAAUUUUACAAAAACUAUUUUUUGAAAUUAUAUAAAAUGUUGGUGACAAUAAAAUUAAAUAAAUUUAAUUCGGAGGUGGUCAAAAAAAUAUUAGAUCUCCGACCACUCUAUAGUGUGGUGAAAAAAAAUUAUUCUAAAAAAAGUGACGAUUUGUUCAAAUGCUAUAGUGACGAACCUAAUGUCGUGAGUAAAUAUGCGCCCUUAACUGAGGGUGACUAUGGGAGGUUUAUAAGUAAAAGGGCAGGGAUGAGAGAGCCGGCACUGACGAGGCAAAUGACGUCCCUAGCCUACAAAGUGGGCAAGCAAAUGAUUUCCUUAGCCGAGGGUAUGCCCAACGAGGAAGUGUUUCCAUACACCAAGCUCACCAUGGAAUCGAGGAACGGGCUGUCAGUGAUGAUGGAAGGCAAGGAGUUGUCGGCUGCACUUCAAUAUUUACCUUCACAAGGACAUCCGGCCCUUUUAAACGAGCUCAGGCAAUUCCAAGAGGAGCUACACCGCCCUCCACCAGUAGCCCGUGACGUCAUGGUGACCAAUGGAGGGCAACAUGGGAUCUACCAGUGCGUGGACAUGCUGGUUGACCCUGGAGACCCUGUCAUAGUGAAUGAGUACGCGUAUACUGGAAUUCAUGUCACUCUCAAACCUUACCACCCCGAGAUCGUGAGCAUACCAGAAGAUGUGGAUGGUCUCAUCCCAGAAACCCUGGAGUCUGUUCUCCAGGAUCGUCUCAAUAGGGGUCUGAAGAUGCCCAAGAUGCUGUACGUCAUCCCAACUGGCAGCAAUCCUUCGGGAACAGUCAUCCCUGAGGAACGGAGGCGAAGGAUAUACGAGCUGGCUUGCAGAUUCGACUUUAUCAUUGUGGAAGACGACCCUUACAUGUUUUUGAACUAUAGUGAGGGCACAACUCCUUCAUUCCUUUCUAUGGAUACAUGCGGUCGUGUGAUUCGCCUGGAUUCCUUGUCCAAGGUGGUCAGUGCUGGGUUGCGAGCUGGAUGGGUGACCGCACCCGCGCCGCUGCUCAGCCGAAUGGAACUGCAUAUGCAAGGAGAAUUGCUGCAUAGCUGCACAUUGUCACAGGCGAUCUUACUUCGCCUGCUCUCUCAGCGGGAGGCGUUAGCAUCGCACCUGCUAUCCGCACGCACCCUCUAUCGUACGAGAAGGGACGCGUUACACGAAGCGUUGCAGCCGACUAGCGAGCUAAUGGAGUGGGCCUUGCCCAGAGGUGGGCUGUUCUUUUGGGCUAGAGUGAGGGGCGUGGAAGACGUUUACAAAAUGGUCUUCGACACAGCUUUCAACCGAGGUCUAAUGCUGGUUCCCGGCCAAGCAUUCGCCUACGACACUAGCGCCCCCUGCCAAUACAUAAGACUGACGUUUAGUAAAAUUCGUUUCGAAGACAUGAACACCGCCGCGAGCCUCCUAGCGGAUAUCAUCAGAGACGAACAAGCACGCACCUUGCAGAAACCACAAAGAUUCGCUACUGAGCGCUAGAUGUCGCUAGCAACAAAAUAACAACAUCGCGACUUAGAAUUUAUGCAGUUUUAUGCAUUA